AUUCAACUAGAUCCUAUCAUUUUUUUACUUUUAGAAAUCAUAAAUUUAAAUUUAGAUUCACUGCGAACGGCUCUUACGAUCGUGCCCUUUCCUUUUUUAACUGUCGCAGAAUCCCACACCAUAGUUAUUGUCCUGUCUGAAGUCAAGCUAGUGACUCAGUGCCAUCGAAAAACUCCCAACCACCGCCGCUCCUCCAUCCCUCGGAGCUCCCUCUCAAACCCUCAUUAUGGCGAACCCCAACGAAGACAAACAGGUUCUAUCAUUCUCAACCCUGACAAGGACCACGAAGACCAUGGCCCAUCCUCCAAUGGCGACGAUACCGAAGCUGAUGAAUACGCGCCGUCGAAUCUAGGGAAGACGACGACGAUGAGGACGAAGAUGAAGAAGAAGAGCCGCCAAAGAAGCUCCAAUCCCAGGCGGACCGGUUGCGUUCAGAGAAGUCCAAGCUCGAAAGCCUGAUGCGCCGAAUGUCCACUGGAAAGGUUCCGCUGAGGGUUCAUGAUGUUAUCAUCAAAGGUAAUUCGAAGACUAAGGACUAUUUGAUCGAGGCUGAAGUGGAAAAUAUCAAGAACGCCGCCACUAUGCAAGAGCUGCUCGAGGCUGCUGGAAUUGCCAAUGCUAAGCUUCAAGCGCUUGAGAUCUUUGACUCGGUUCGGGUCACGCUCGAUUCCGAUCGGCUUGAAUUGCCUGGGACCGCUAAUGUGGUCGUUGAGGUCGUCGAGACCAAGAACCCUCUCUACGGCGAAUGCGGUGCCUACACUAAACCUGCGGCUAGAUCUUGAAGGCUGGAAGGUUCGCUUAAGUAUAAAAAUUGGCUUGGAUAUGGGGAUCUGUGGGAUGGUUCUUUGGUGUAUGGACCCAACCAAACUUCUGAGACUGGUGCUGGAGUGUUUUUGCCCAGAUUCAAAUGCUUCAUAACUCCUGUGGUAGCAUGGGCAGAAAGAGCGACAAUUGGGUCUAUCUCUCAAUUUAUUUUUCGACCUAGCACCAGACUUGGCAUAUAAUCUUGGAUGACGUACCUUGACAGAUCCAACACAGAUGGCCUCUAGGACAAUAAGAAGGCAGCUUGGACAGGGUUUACUUUCAUCUCUUAAAUAUAUGGUCAAGAUUAACGGAAGGAAUUCAGGUGUGAGACCAACUCGAGGUUAUAUUUGAGCAGUCAAAUUGGUGGGAUAUCUCCUGAUCCUCGGUGCUUACGGUUUCUACGCCAGGGAUUUGAUCUUCGUUAUGCUUUGCCUUUUAGAUUCUAUAACUUUGCACUUAAUUUGAGAAUCUCUGGCGGUGUUAUUUUCCCACAGGGGAGUGGAUUCUUGGACAAGCUCUCAUCCCUUCCUUUAAGGUUCUUUUUGGGUGGUGAUUUCUCUCCAGUUUGCACUGUGGCAGGGCCAACAACAGUGUGGGGAUUUAAGACAAGUGGAAUAGGGCCUACAGAGCCAAGAAGGCAAAAUGGUGAUAAACUUGAUGGAGAGAGUUCCGAUUCUUUCCAAAGAGAUGUUGGCGGAGACCUUGCUGUUACUGCAUUUGCAGAUCUAUCCUUUGAUCUUCCUCGGCGCUGGUUAAGAGAACAUGGAAUGCAUGGACAUAUUUUUGCAGUUCUGGGAACCUGGCGAAAUUGACAGAGAAUGAGUUCCGGAACUUCUCUCUUCCAAAGUUCUUUCAAUCAUUUCGAAGUUCAGUUGGAGCCGGGAUUGUUGUGCCCACAAAAUUCUUCCCCCUAGAGUGCAACUACUACUAUAUAUUAAAGCAGUACGAGGAUGAUAGCGGGAAGUCUGGCUUUCGAUUUAGCAUCUCAGCUCCAUCAUAGACUCUGGAACUCUUAUACUUGAUUCAGCAACCAUGAGGUGGCAAACAAAAUCUUUAAAUUUCAGAGAGGCCCAGACAGUAGGCCCAAUACAACUCAACUUGGAGGGAGCCCAGGAACAAAGGAAAAGGCUAGAGCAAGAGCUAGCCCAGCUGGAAGAAAAUGGAACGGCUUGGCAAGAGGUGCUUGAAGAAAGUAGCAAGCUGAACAGGGGAGAAGGAGCUGCACUCGACCGAGUAGAGGCAGGGACGGCUCGGAGCAGGCGUGGACGAGUGAGACCCGGUUGGCUGAAGGACUACGUGCUGAAGCUGGGUCACUGAGAGAUGAAGAACGAAGACAUUGUGCAACUGUUCCAAAAUCUGAGCAAAGAAUUGGACCAGAAGCUGGAGCAACGAGCCACACUGCAGAUGGAGGAACUCCACGCGAUACUCGACGAGCGCCUGUCGCACGUUUCGCCUCCAUUGUCGCUAGGCCACGGCGGUGAGAACAGCACAACUCCAUUGCCGACUCGAUCAGUGGGUAGACGUUCAGAUGCCGAAACCGAUUGCCGUGAGGUGAAUUCAAUCCUCAAGUCGUUAAGGGUUAAGGUACCGAGAUUCGAUGGCAGUGAGGUGGAUGACUGGAUUUAUAAGAUCAAUAAUUUUUUUGAUCUUCAUAGGGUCGAUACUACAUUGAGGCUCUCGGUGGUAGCUUUUCAUUUAGAUGGAACACCAUCAACUUGGUUCCAGUGGAUGGAGAAGGGAGGCGGUUUUGCAGAUUGGGAUUCAUUCAUUCAAGCUUUACGGAUGCGAUUUGGAGUUUUAGUUUAUGAUGAUCCAUUGGGGCGUAUAGCUAAGCUCACACAGACAGGGCGGGUAUCUCAAUUCAGAGCUGAAUUUGAGGCGCUUAUGACGAAGAUUACUGGGGUUUCGGAGCAGAUGUAUUUGAACUUCUUUGUGUGGGGUUUGAAGCUUGAGAUUCGCCGUGAAUUACUAAUCUCUCGGCCUUGUGAUUUAGCGGAUGCCAUGGCCAAAGCGCAACUAUUUGAAGAUCGGAAUGAUGAUAUGGUGAAUCGUUCACGGACGAGCAAUACUCCUUCGGGGUGGCUGCCUAAACAGGGGCAGAAUUUGGGGUCACCGAGCAGUGGACCAGGUUUCACCGUUCCUACUGGAACCCACUCCAAUACCCAAUCAUUGUCGGGAGCUAAGCAAGCCGCAGUGCCUCUGCCCAUUAAACGAUUGACUCCGUCUGAGAUGCGGGAUAAACGAGAGCGUGGCCUCUGUUUCACUUGCGAUGAGAAAUACAGUUUCGGUCACAAAUGUAAGAAUCGGGUUUUGGUUUUAUGUGGUACGGAUGAAGAUAACGAUACACUACUCUCACCGGAGGAGGAAGAGACGACUGAUGGGGACGACAAUAACGUCGAUGAGGUUAGCUUGAAUGCCUUAUCAAACUCAGCUAAUCCUCGGAUUUUUCGGAUACAGGCCAAACAGGGGGAAGAAAAGCUUGAAGUGCUGAUUGAUAUCGGCAGCAAUAACAAUUUCAUUCAGGAAUCAUUGGCUACUCAGUUGCGUUUUCCAUGGGAGGAAACGAAAUGGUUUAAAGUAUAUAUGGGUAACGGAAAUUUUCUGAUAUGUUCGAAGCUGUGUUGGGGUGUUGAGCUGGUUUUGCAGGGGCAUCUGUUUGUUGUUGAUUUAUACAUCCUGCCGAUCUACGGUCUCGAUGUUGUACUGGGUAUGCAAUGGUUACAGACUCUGGGCCUUUGUAUACAUGACCAUAAAGCCUUAACGAUGGAGUUUUCUUGGCAAGGUAGUGUAGUGAAGCUGGCCGGAUCACAGGACGUGUCUCCGCACCAAUUAUCCUAUUCUCAGUUCACCACCCUCUUGCGUGAUGGAGAGGUCCGGGGGCUGUAUACACUGAUGACUGUAAUGGAGGACACAAACCCGAGGGCACCUGAGUUGACUGACUGUAAUGGAGGACACAAACCCGAGGGCACCUGAGUUGACAGAGCUAGAAGCUACAUUUCCAUCACUGGGUAAGGGACUUCUCUCUGAAUUUUCUGAUGUGUUUGAUGAACCCAAACAGCUACCGCCCUAUAGAACAGUGGACCACAAGAUUCGCUUACAGCCAGGAUCAUUGCCAGUGAACGUACGGCCUUAUAGGUACCCUUAUUUUCAGAAAGAUGUGAUGGAGCAGUUGUUUAAUGAAAUGCGGACAGCGGGCAUUAUUCAAGCUAGCACCAGCCCCUAUUCCUCACCCGUGCUUCUAGUAAAGAAAAAGGAUGGGUCAUGGCGUUUCUGUGUGGAUUAUAGAGCACUCAAUAGCAUCACCAUCAAUGAUAGAUUUCCUAUUCCGACCAUUGACGAACUCCUUGAUGAGUUGGGGAAGGCGGUGAUUUUUUCUAAAUUGGAUCUUAGAGCAGGCUAUCAUCAAAUCCGUAUGGACCCUAGAGAUAUACACAAGACGGCAUUUCGCACCCACGACGGCCAUUAUGAAUUUGUGGUUAUGCCUUUCGGUCUUACGAACGCCCCGUCGACGUUUCAGGCAGCCAUGAACCAUGUCUUUCGGCCAUUUUUACGAGAUUGUGUUAUUGUUUUUUUUGAUGACAUUCUGGUCUACAGCGAGACAGAGGAGGCUCACGUUGCACACCUUCAGCACGUGUUACACUCGCUGCGUCACCAUCAGUUUUUUGCCAAGGCUAGCAAAUGUCAGUUCUUCCAGAAAAAAAUAGAGUAUUUGGGGCAUUUGGUUUCUGCACGGGGGUACAAACCGAUCCAUCAAAGAUUACAGCCAUGGUUAAAUGGCCACAGCCAACUACUUUGAAACAACUUCGUGGAUUUCUGGGUAUUACAGGCUAUUACCGCCGGUUUGAGCCCCAUUACGCGACUGUGGCGGCACCAUUGACUGACAUGUUGAAGCGGGACAAGUUCCAUUGGACCCCGGCAGCGACCACGGCCUUUGCCCUCUUAAAACAAGCCAUGACUGAGACCCUUGUUUUGCGACUGCCAGAUUUUACUAAGGAGUUUGUGCUUGAAACCGAUGCUUCUAAUGUGGGCAUUGGGGGUGUAUUAAUGCAAGACGGACACCCUUUGGCUUAUUUCAGCAAGAAACUUGGACCUCGCUUUAUGGGAGCUUCCGCCUACAGCCGAGAGAUGAGAGCCAUCGUGGAAGCGGUGUCUAAAUGGCGCCAAUAUCUCUUGGGUAGACAUUUUACAAUCCGCACCGAUCACAAGAGUUUGAGAGAACUACUCACGCAGGUUAUUCAAACUCCCGAGCAGCAACAUUUCAUUCGGAAACUAGUGGGAUUUCAAUUUUCCAUUGAGUACAAGGCUGGUAGAACGAAUUCAGCAGCGGAUGCACUCUCUUGCCAACACGAGGCUGCCUUAGGGUCGUGCCACUUAGCCUUGAGCAGUUGCCGCUUUGAUUUUUUGGACGAGCUCCGCCAAGAAAACAUAACUUGCUCGGAUAUCCGUCUACUUCAUGACUAGCUUCAACAGGGCCAAUUAGAUGCAACACAAUAUUCGCUCCGAGAUGGCCUGCUUUAUUUUCGCAACAAGCUUUUCGUCAGUCAACACUCCUCACUCAAGCAGUCACUACUCGCUGAAUUUCACACAACACCCUUUGGGGGUCAUGCAGGGGCGGACAGGACAUUUCUACGGUUAGGCGCAAGUUUUUUUUUGGCUUGGUAUGCGCAAAGAUGUGCGCCAAUUCGUCUCAGCCUAUUUGGUGUGCCAAACCAUCAAGUAUUCUCCAACAGCUCCUUACGGUUUGCUCCAACCUCUUGAAAUACCGGAACGCGUUUGGGAGGAUUUGGCCAUGGACUUUAUUGUGGGGCUGCCAAAUUCCUUUGGUGUCACGAAUAUAUUGGUAGUGAACGAUCGAUUCACAAAAUACGCUCAUUUUGGCGCUCUACCGACCCAUUAUUCAGCAACUAAGGUGGCUGAUCUUUUUUCCCAUAUGGCGAUUCGUCUCCAUGGUAUGCCCCGCACUAUUGUCUCCGAUAGAGACCCUGUCUUCACAAGUGCUUUUUGGCGGAAGUUGUUUGAAUUGAUGGGCACCACCUUAAAAAUGAGUUCAGCAUACCACCCUCAAACGGAUGGCCAAACGGAA